AUGGAAAAAAACUUUUUCUUAGUGUUUGUGAUUCUUCUGAGUUUCUCCUAUGUUCUCCAUGUCUCUUCUAUUCCUACAACAAGAACCAAAAAUUUGAAUUUUGUAGAUGCAUCAGUUUUUCCUUCUUUACCCCAGGAAAAUGGAUUCAUGGAGUUGGAAAAUGGUGAGGAAAUGAAGGAAGAAAGAUUGAUGGGGAGAAGGGUAAAUUUGGAACUUCAUGAUUAUGAAGGGCCAGGUGCAAAUAAAGAGCAUGAUCCAAAAUCUCCAGGUGGAAAUGGUUAA